AUGUUCGCCUUAAUCAUUCUCAUCGCUUCCACUAAACUGCUUGCAUAUCAAGUCAUGGCCAUGGAAUGCGGAGUACCACUGGUGCAACCAACUCCUCGGAAAAGUGUAAAGGCGGUUGGAAAAGGCAUGACUCCUUGGAUGGGCAAGGUCAUAAUGGAUGAUGCUGAUGAAGGCCCUACAGUGACGUUAGUGAGACACCCGAAAAAGCUGAACUAUAUUCGCACAAUUGCGGUUACUUCAUAUUUGGCUGCUAGUGAUAUGAUGAAAAGAAUUGAGAAUGACGUGUCUCGACUAAGAGUACAUUUCGACCUUUACGAUGUAAAAGACGCGGUCGAAGGUGCACCGAAUACUUAUUCCGUGAAAGCCGUUAUUCUGGAGAGCCAAGCUUCCUCUGACGAUGCACUGUUGCAUUUUGCUGUAGUGGUGCUGAACGAAGAAGUUGACGCAACUCCGCUCUGUUUCCCCUAUCCUUCUUCGAUCGUUGAUUUUUCCUCUGCGUCCACAUGCUUCAUGAGCGGAUAUGAAAAUCUUGGAGGAAAGAGUGGCUUCGACUUGCGAUACAAGAAAUUAGCAGUAAAGGACCCUUCCAACUGCCCAAUUGACGUUGAUCCGAAAACGGAAAUUUGCACUGAUAACUACCGCUGCAAGGCUGACGAUGGUAGCCCCUUCCAGUGCAAAAUUGGUGACAAAUGGUACAUCGCUGGCAUCCGAGAUAGAGGUAUUGCGUGCAAUGCAUUUGUUAACGUCUCCAGUAGUGAAAAUUUCAUAAUGAAAAAUAUGUUUUCGCUAUAAAU